GCUGCCGCGCUGACGGGCUCGAGGGCGGCGGCGCGCCGGCCGCGGCAGGACCUCGAAGGGGCCAUGAGCAUCUCGACCGGCAUCGUCGGCGAGGUCCGCUUCGAUGACCCGACCCACGCGGCCAUGGCGCUGCAGCAGCUCAACAACAGCGUCAUAGGGGGCUGCCAGAUCGAGGUAGCCCUGCACACGAUGAACAAUCCCGGCAAGACGAAGCUGCUGGUCAAGAACAUCCCGAACAAUUUUUCGUGGAUGGAUCUCAAGGACCACUUCAGACGUAUAGGCACCGUCGGUUACGCGGGCAUCUACGGCCAGGGCAAGGGCGGCGGCCCGAAGGGCGGCGGCGGCCCUGGCGGGGGCUCCGCGGACGCGCUGGCCGCUGCGCGGAUCGCAGCUGCCCAGACAGCCGACAUCAUAGCCAUGAGGCAGAGCGCGGAGAUGGCGACGGGGCCGAUGCCUGGAAUGAUGCCCAGCUUCGACAUGGCGGGGAGGGUCGACCCUCGUGGCGUGAAGCGGCCCCUCGAAGGCGUCUUCGAGCUCGAGCAGAGCGCCCAGCAGGCCGCCGCACAGCAGGCGGCGCAGCAGCAGCAGGCCGCGCAGGCGCAGCAGCAGGCGCAGCAGCAGGCGCAGCAGCAGGCCGCCGAGCAGGCGGCGAGGCAGGCCGCCGAGCAGGCGGCGCAGCAGGCCGCGGCGGAGGCGAAUGCGAGGGCCGAGGCCGCCCGGCAGGCGGCGGCGGAGGCGAGGGCGGAGGAGGCCGAGCGCGAGGCCAAGCGGGCCAGGCUGGAGGAGGAGCUGAGAGAGCAGCAGCGCAUCGAGGCGGAGAACAAGGCUAUUGCGGCGCAGUUCUCCAGCGAGGUGGGCAUGGACGAGCCGGCGCCCGCGGGCCCCUCGGACAAGUGCCGCGCCGUGGUGCGGUACUCCAGCCCGGUCGAGGCCUCGACGGCGGUGGGUCUCUUCAACGGCUUCGACAUGGGCGGCGACGCCAUCCUCGCCGCGCAGGUGGACCCGUGCUCGGUGGCGGGCACCAAGGUCGUGAUCACGAACCUGCCAGGCACGACGGAGUGGGCGGACAUCAAGAACUUCUGUUCCCAGGUGGGGACGAUGCUCUUCUGCGACGUGGAUAGGGACACGGGGCCCGUGGCGCCGCGGCCGCUGCCAGUGGUCGAGCUGAAG